ACAACAACAACAACAACAACAACAGCAGCAGCAGCAGCAGCAGCAGCAGCAGAGAUGACACAACUUCGCUGUCGACAUCACUGGAUACAGCCCAACUCCGCAACCACCGUGGCCAGCCCACCCGCGCCACCGACGCCACCAACACCAACACCGCAAUCGCCCACGGUCACGGUGGUGAGCGCGCGCUCUCUGCAUCGUUCACAACAUCCUCGUUGCUGCUGUUGCGCCAAGACCAAACGCUCACUGCGCUGGCUGAAGACGCAUUCAUGCUGAAUACACACGAUGGUGCGCGCCGUCAGCCCUCAUCAACACCACUGUCAUCGCCAGCAUCAUCAACAUCAUCAUCAUUGGCGCCCACGGGAAUGAAGGCACCAACGCCUUCUGCGCGUGCCAGUGUCAGCAGCAGUGGAAGUAGUGAUAGCAAGGACAAGAGCAAGCACCCCAUCAAAGCAAAGAACAAGACGCCUUCGCCCAUUGCAGCCGCAGCCACAGCUGGUGGGAAACGCAUGUGCUCCCCAGCAGAGCAGCGACCACCGCCACGUUUGUCGCUGUCCGGCGGGAAGAAACAGCGAGCCCGCAGCAGCUCAAACUUGCGUGACACGUGGUGUGACAUGGUUGCGGCCCAGUCACUGACUACCUCCCCCUCCACACCUCCAACCCGCCACAGACACAACCAGCCGCCCGCGUCAUCAACUACCAUCGCCGCCCCUCCCUGCACAGCAACACCUCACACGCACGCGGACGUACACGCGUCCGUGCAUGCUCGCGCCUCCAUCUCACCAACAGCCAUCGCCACGCCAGACACCCCGCCCCAACAUCCCGGCACACGUGCACGUGCACACACGGGGGCACCAGCCAUCCGCAUACGCACGGUUGCGCUGGCGGACCUGGCUGUUGAUGCCGCUGUUGGCGUCGUGCCCUUGCGCCGUGGACAUGGUGGUGGUACUGAUGAUGGUGGUGAUCGGAAUGGCGAUUGGGAUGAUGGUGGUGCUGAUUAUGAUGAUGGUAACAGUGCUGGUGGUGAUCACGGUGGUACGUGUCGCAAAGCGGAUGGGGUGGGCGUCGGCCCUCGUCACCAACAAGAACAAGCACCCGUGCGAGGGAGAGUCGCUAUUCAACCACGGGCACGGCUUCGAAGUCACAGCGUUGGGCACGUACCACACUCUCCAAGCAACACAGCGCUCGCGGGUGAUGUGAUCAACGAAAGCGGCCGCAACAAGGGUGAUGCCACUGCAAGCGGCGACGGAGCUACCAGUGAUGGCUUCAACAUGCCCGCCUCUCAACCAACACCACCGCAGGCACGCCCACCGCCAUCAUCUUCAUCGUCAACGGCAUUGAAGCGACGCAGCUUUCGCUCACACGCGCGCAGAAAACAACAGCAACAACAUCACCACCAGCCUGAUAAUCACGAGACGCAACAGCAGAUCGCAGCUCACACACGCGCGCAAUCUACCGCCGACGCACAGUCUAUGUCCCCACCAGCUGCUCCCGUGCCACGUGUAUGCGUGGGUGUGGAGGACAUGAGUGGCGACGAUAAUGAAGGGCAACACGCGCGUGACUCGCGCAGAGAAAGCGGCGGCAGUGGCAUGAUUAGCCGUUGCGACAGCAGCGUGAGCAGGGGCUUUCUGAGCGAUGCGGAUGGUGAACUGAAGAGCGAGGAUGGGGAGAUGAAUCACGGUACCCCCCACAGUAUUGGCAGCGGUCAUGGUGGUGAUGGUGGUGAUGGUGGUGGUGGUGGUGGUGGUGGUGACCUGGUGCACUUGCGCAGCGAGAUCAACCUUGGUGAGUCGCGUGACCACGAGCACCAUCAGCACCACCACCACCAGCGUCACCACCACCACGAGCACCACCAACAGCGUGCUGUGUCGUUGAUUAACAGCACACCCGAAGAGCAGCAACAGCAGCAACAUCACGCGCCUUUGCACAUACACACUGCGAGCACCCAUUCCAUCGCUACCACUGCCAGCAUCACCGGCGUCAAUAGCAACAGCACCACCAGCAGCAACACUAGCAGCAUGCUGCACGUGCACCUCUCCCGCAGCAAGAGCGUGCGCACAUUGCCCACGUACCGUGUGCCCACGCUCCACCGGUGCUUGACGACAGACCUGUCACAUGCGCGGGGGAUGCUGGGGCGACAACCGCACGCGCCGCUGCCACCAAUCAAGCCGUCGUCACACCCACCACCCGACAGUGUUGCUGCGGACGAUGAUGAUGACGAUGGUGCUGACGGUGAUGGUGGUGUGGACAGGCAGUGACACACGCGUCGAAGCAACAGCGUGAUUUCACCCUUGCGCAUUGAAAACUACGUGCGUCAUUACUUGCCAUGAUCUUUCAUCCACCCGAACACCUGCAUGGUUCCUUGCCUGCAGGCAUGUCACGUCACGUCGUCUUCUCUACUUGUUCAUUCGUUGUAUGUGUUCAUGUGCAUCUGAUAUUUUCCGGGCUAUGGGCCCUCCGUGUGGGUGUGCGUACACCUGCGCGCGUGUUGUCCUAUGUGUGAUAUUUGCACUUGUUGUCUGGGGUUGCUUUUUCCUCUAUUUAAUCACACCUUGUUGUCCCCUCUCCUCUCAUUGCUUGAAUGCUUGCCGUGUUAUCCCUGAUCGCUGUCUGCGCGCAUCUGUUGUGGUGCGUGUCGCCUUUCAUUUAUUCUUGCCUUCGUAUUUGCUUUCCUGCCGUGGCACACCUUGUAUCAGACCCGUAUCUGUGUUCGGGGGUUCAUGUUUCUGUAUGCACGUGCGAUGUUGCUUCCACAGUCGUUUUAUUUUCUUUCUGAAGAACCCAUCCACAC